GUCAUAUUUCGUUAAUCUGUGACGUGAUAUGACGUCGCAAGACCAAGAAAUAUGACGUUCAUUAUUGUCGAAUAUGGAGAAAAUGAAAAUGUAAUUGUAAACCCUGACUGUUCCUGCAAACAUUUUCUGGACUACAUCAGAACACAAUGCAAAAUCAGUCCCACAGAUGUUGUCGACUUGAUCGACGAAAAUGCCUGGGCGUCCGAGCUUUUCACCAAAUCCCCUUCCGAGAAUGUCGUUUCCAUGUUUGUCCCUCGGGGCGUGUACAUCUUGGCAUCUAUAGAGCUGUAUGAAGACAAUUCUAUCAAGAAGAUCACUCCACUGUUACAAGACUGGGAAAAGAAGUACCAGUUUCUAGAACUUUUUUCAUUAUUUUUUUACUUGGAAGGGAAAUUGAAGCACUGGGAUAAAAAGCAACAAAAAAUAGCAGAGGAGAAGGCAGGAGACGUUGUUGAGAUAAUGUCACAGUUAAACACCAAAGAGAUAAAAGAUGGAAAAUUGAACCGGAAGAAAAGUGAAAGGACACCUAGCGCCUCCAGAAAUGGUACAAGGAGGGACACCAAGUCACCGGACGUUAGCUCGACUUCAAAAAAGUCCAAAAAGAAAAAGAAAGUCAGUACAUGAAACUAAAAGAAAAGUCAGUACAUGUAACUCAGGUCAUAUAAACAUGUUUACUGUAAAAAGUUAUGAUUGUAAACAUAACGUUACGGUGUUCUUGACAUUCAUAUAAACUGUGAAUAAAAUUAUCA